GUUUUACACAUCUGUAAGUAGACCUUUCCGGAGCUCUGCCAGCCGACCCCAUGGCGUCCUCUACUACUGUGCCUCUAGGAUUUCACUAUGAAACAAAGUAUGUUGUCCUCAGCUACUUGGGACUCCUCUCUCUGGAGAAGCUGCAGGAGCAACAUCUUUCCUCACCCCAAGGGGUUCAACAGGAUGUAGCUUCACAAUCUCUGGAUCAAGAAGUUUUAUUAAAAGUUAAAACUGAAAUUGAAGAGGAGCUAAAAUCCCUGGACAAAGAAGUUUGUGAAGCCUUCGCCAGCACAGGCUUCGACCGCCACACUUCGCCCGUGUUCAGCCCCGCAAACCCCGACAGCUCCGUAGAGGACUGCUUGGCUCACCUCGGGGAGAAGGCGUCGCAGGAGCUGAGGGCGCCUCUGCUCGGGGCCUUGCAGACACUCCUCAGCCGGCCAUUGACAUAUCAGGCAUAUCGGGAAUGUACACUGGAGACCACAGUUCAUGCCAGCGGCUGGAAUAAGGUUUUGGUGCCUCUGAUUUUGCUACGGCAAAUGCUUUUGGAGUUGACAAGACGUGGUCAAGAACCUUUGAGUGCAUUGCUGCAGUUUGGUGUGACUUUCCUGGAGGACCAUGCCGCCGAGUACAUCAUUCAGCAAGGUGGCUGGGGCGCUGUCUUUGCCCUGGAGCCAGAGGACGAGGAGCGCCCCGCGGGCGCCGCGGAGGACAGCAACGACAUCUACAUCCUGCCCAGUGGCGGCUCCACGCUCGCCAGCCCCCCGGAGUCUCCGACGACCGCGACAGCGUCCUGGCAGGCCGAGGGCUUCCCCGUGUCGCUGUCCAGCAGCCAGAGCUGGCGCACCGAGAGCCCGCCGGUGUCCCUAGGUCCCGAGUCGUGGCAGCAGGUCACAGUGGACCCCGAAGAAGUCAAGAGCCUGGACAGCAACGGGGCUGGAGAGAAGAGCGAGAACAACUCCUCCAACUCUGACAUCGUGCACGUGGAGAAGGAGGAGGUUCCCGAGGGUGCGGCGGCCGCGGCCCUGACGGCGCCCGGGGAGCCCGGCCCCGAGGGGUCGGCCGGCCAGCCAGCCAGUCCCGCGACACCUCUGUUCGCGGCACUUGCGGGAGAAGAGGCGGGAGCGGCCGCGUCCGAAGCUGCCGAACUGGAGCAGGAGGGCGUCCCGCCGCUAGAGCACCCAGUAGAGCCCCCAGCAGCCCCGCCGGGCGGAGAGCAGGCGGCCCGCGGGCGGGGGGGGCUGGGGGCAGGGCCCCCCCCGGGCGGCCCCGGGAAAGCUGGCCCGCCGCCCGCGGGCAAGUCCCUCCUGCUCUUCGGGGGGGCAGCCGCCGCUGUUGCCAUCCUGGCGGUGGCAGUUGGGGUGGCCCUGGCUCUGAGAAGGAAGUAG